UCGUCGAUGCACCUCCAGUUGCAACAACUGCAGUUGCUGCAUGCGGCCGCGCUGCAGCAGAACCAUCUGCAGCAGCAGCUGCACCACUGCAUGCAGAACUCCCCGCGGAAAACGUCGUUCUCGGUGGAUGACAUUCUCGACCCCGGCAAGUUCACCGGCUCCAACCAACAGACGAACCAUGCGGUGGCCGCUUUACAGUUACGUUUUAACCCCGCGUCCGCGUGGGCGGCGAUCGGGUCGGCACACAAGGGAAUCACAUUCGACGAGGAGAGUCAGCAUUCAGACACGAACGAGAUGGGGUCUGGGGACGAAAGUGUCCCGGAUCAGGACGGUCCAGGGAGUCCCGAGGAUUUCAAGAAAUCGUCGUCGAGCCAUUCGAAGAAAAAAUCUGAGAAAUCACCCUCGUCUUCCUCAUCGUCUUCGGGUGGAAAACCUCGACGAGCACGAACGGCUUUCACUUACGAGCAACUGGUAGCGUUGGAGAACAAGUUCAAGACAACACGGUAUCUGUCGGUCUGUGAGCGAUUGAACCUUGCGUUAUCGUUGCGAUUGACGGAAACUCAAGUGAAGAUCUGGUUCCAAAACCGAAGAACGAAGUGGAAGAAACAAAACCCGGGCAUGGACGCCAACUCACCCACGACACCUGCCUCGAGCUCUGCACCGUUAACUUCAUCGCCGUUAACCGCGCCCCUGACAGCAAACUCGCAGUUGGCUGCGGCCGCACUUUUAUAUGGUUCUCAACUUCCCUACCUGUCCGGCGGGCUCUCAGGGAGUCCGACGCCUCCCUACUUCGGUGCAGCAUCGAACUCGGGCUUCGCACCGUCGUACUUCUUACCGCCGACAUCCUCCCCGUCCACGGCUACAUCGUAA